UGAAAUACUCACUGCGUGUAGGACAUUGUGAUACAGUGUAGAGAGUGUUAUUAUUUAAUCAUAUCUGACUUCAUGACUCCAUUUGGGACUUUCUUGACAGAAAUAUUCUUGGCAGAAAUUGUCAUUUCCUUUUUUAGAUCAUUUUGCAGAUGAGGAAACUGAGGCAAACAGGGUUAUAUGGUCAUAUAGGGUAUGACUACACAAUCACAUAGAGAAUUACAUAGUGGCCCAAGAUCGUGUAGCUAGUAAAUGUCUGAGGUCAAAUUUGAGCUCAGAGAAAUAAGUCUUAUUGACUCCAGAUCUUGGCAAACUAUCUGCUGUACCACUUAGCUCAUAUUGAAGGGAAUACAUUGAAAAACAAAGACAGCCCCUGUUCUCUUGAUACUUACAUUGUAGGUUAUUAAACCUAUUCAAUAUAAAUGUGUGUGUGUGACAUAUAUGCUAAAAUAAUGAAAGUACAUUCAAGGAAAUAGAAAUUGUGUAAAUAGAAAAUGAUUAUUGAUAUGGGGGGGGGAGAAUAAAUGGGAAGAGCCAAGAAAGACAUAGUGGAGGAAAUAAUGUUUGAGCUAGGUUUUUGAGGAGGGAAGAAAUUGUGUAAUCAUAAAUGGGAAUGGAGGGAGAAAAGGGCAGUCAGGCAAAAAAUGAACAAAGUCAUGGAGACAGGGCAUUUGGGCUCUAAUUUUGAAGAACAAUGAAGAUUUCUAUUUGGAGCAUGAGAUCUAACAAAUAAAGUACAAUGAGAUAAUUCUGGAAAGCCAGGUCAGGGCCAAAUUGUAGAUUUUUGAAUCCUAGAAUUUUUUAUUAAAUUUUAUUUGGUAGGUAAUCUGAAGUCAUUGGACAUCUGGGGACAUGGGGAAGAGAGCAGCAUUAAUAUCAGAACCAUCAAAAAAAUUAUUCCACCAGCACUAUAUGGGAUAGAUGAAAUGGGAAAAAGGGGACAAAAUGAGAGUAGGGUAGCCAGUUUUGAGACUCUUGCAGUAAUUUAAAUAAAUAGGAAGCUAAAUUAAUGUGAUGGCAAUGCAUUAAAAUAAACAUUUAAUGACUAUCUAGUUGUUUUGGAGGAAAGGGCUGUAGUCCAUAGCCUGGGUAAAUUAAUUGAUAGAAUGAAUGGUAGUGCCAUUAACAAAUAAAAAAGCUGGAAGAGAAGCGAGGUGAUUUCUGAGUUGGAGAAGGAGGUAAGGACAUUUUGAAAUAACAGUAUGUGCAUAGAGGGAAAAUACCUAAUGGGUAUUUGGAAAUAUGGAAGUCUGAAGGAAAGGUUGACUACAGAUAAACAGUUUUUCAUUUGCAUGGAAGAAAAAAUUAAGAUAUUAAAAGAGUAUUAGAAAAAAGGAAACCAAAGCACUUAGUUUUUCAUUACAAAUUUAAAUGUUUUCCUUGUGUUGUGUCAAUUAGGACUUGCUUUGUCAUUACCAAAAUGAUUGAUAAAUUUUAAGCCUUGAGAUUUUCUAUUUAGUGAGCAGGACCAGGAGAUCAUUAUAUACUUCAACAACAAUACUAUAUGAUGAUCAAUUCUGAUGGACGUGACCCUCUUCAACAAUGAGAUGAACCAAAUCAGUUCCAAUAGAGCAGUAAUGAACUGAACUAGCUACACUCAGUGAAAGAACUCUGGGAGAUGACUAUGAACCACUACAUAGAAUUCCCAAUCCCUCUAUUUUUGUCCGCCUGCACUUUUGAUUUUCUUCACAGGCUAUUUCAAAGUUUGAUUCUUCUUGUACAGCAAAAUAACUGUUAAGACAUGUACACUUGUAUUGUAUUUAAUUUAUACUUUAAAAUAUUUAACAUGUAUUGGUCAACCUGCCAUCAGGGAGAGGGAAUGGGGGGGAAGGGGAGAGGAAAAAGUGCAACAAAAGGUUUGGCAAUUGUCAAUGCUGUAGAAUUACCCAUGCAUAUAACUUGUAAAUAAAAAGCUAUAAUUCAAAAAAAAAAAAAAAAGAUUUUCUAUUUAGUUGUUGUGUUAGCAGUGGGAAAAACCGUCCUUAGGAACAUUUAGCAAUUUGUCAACAUCAUUUCAUAAAUUAAAAUGGAAUUAAUUUUAUAAAAAUAAAAAAGGGGAUUUAUUAGUAAUUUUUGCUAGAAAACAUUUUAAAGUUUAAUUUAGAAGUAUUGUAUGUCUAUAUUACCUUACUUUGGGCACACUGUAAAUUAAUUGUUGGUCUUCUCCCUUUUUACCUAGCUUGUUCUUUCUUGCUUUUUCAGAGCAUAUUGUAGAUACUCAGCAUCUAUUUACUUUUUGAGCUUUUUGGUAUUUAGUAUUUCUCUUUAAGUGGGGAGGGAGAAGCAUUUGGUAUCUUUUGGUUCUGAAAUACUCCCCUUGGAAACCCAGGAAAUAGUUGAGAUAUUCCCUCCCUCUUUGAGUUACUUUUAAUUUAUUUCUAUUUAUUUAUUUGUUUGUUUGUUUAUUUAUUAUUAUUAUUAUUUUUUUUUUUUUUUUGCUGAAGCAAUUGAGGUUAAGUGACUUGCCCAGGAUCACACAGGAAGUGUCAAGUGUCUGAGAUCAAAUUUGAACUCGGGUUCUCCUGAUUUUAGAGAUGUUUCUCUAUCCACUGUGCCACCUAACUGCCCCAGUAUUUAAUUUUUAAAAGAUACAAAUUUUUCAGAGAAUAGCACAUUAACAUUUUAUUGCUACCUCUAGUAUCCACCCCUUUUUUAUCUAUCAAGGAAACCAAUUUAUUCCAGGUGGUAACUUUUCUUUUUUGGUCUACAAUUCACAAUAGAUAUGCAAAUAAUUUUUAAAUUUUUCAUCAGUUUAAGAAAUUCCUUGUGAGUCAGUCAGUAGCAUUUAUUAUUAAUUUAUAAAGUUCUCACCAUGUGCCCCUGUACACAAAAGACAGUUGCCUUAAUGGAGCUCACAUUCUAAUGAGGGUGACAACUGUUUACAGAUGUGAUGGAUAUACAGGAUAAAUUGAAGAUAAUCUCAUAUGGAAAGUUCUAACAACUGAGAGGCUAGAGAAGGUGGAUUGGAGAAAGUGGGAUUUGAGCUGAGUCUUGAAGGAUGCCUGGAGAUUGAGUAUUGCAGGUAUAGGAUAGAGACAAACAGGGCAAGUAAUUCAGGAAAUGGAAUGUUGUUAAGUAAGGAGCAGUAAGAAGGGCAUUAUUGGUGGAUAGCAAUGACUAGUCACUGGACUUGUGGCCUUUUAAGAGUUAGAAGGUGUUGCUCUUAAAGAACCCAAACAUUAAAAUGAGGAUUAUUUACUACCAUUUGUAUCACUCUGGGGAAGGCAUUCCUGUCUACACAGAUCAUCAUGACAACUCAACUUUAACUUGUAGUCUUAGAAAAUUGUGUGGCAUGCAGAAUUCAGAAUUUGAACCUUAUAUCUAUUACCAAUGGAUGUUUUACAUGCUCUGAAUUUUUUUUAAGAAUUAUUGAAUGUCUUCUAGAAUUUUUCCAUGGUCCAGGGCCUGCCUUAAAUGAAAAGAAAUUACAUAUAGGCCAUACUCUAGGAUUAUUGGUCUCCAGUAAAAGUAAUUUUGUUCAGUAUUGUAGAUGCUUGGAAAGAGUUCCUUAUGAAGGAAUAGAGCUCAGAGGAGAUUAGUUGAAGAAUAUUAAUUCAUUCACAGCAGAACUGAAAUACUAUUUGACUAUCUAAGAUAUGAAAACCAGAGGUUAAACCCAGGCCUUUAGAGUGUAUUUUCUAGGGUGAAGCUUUAAAAAUUAUCUCCAGUUUUUCAGUUGAUUUUUUUUUUCUUUAGAAUUUGUCUUCUGGUGAUAUAGAUGGCUAUACCAAUUCUCUCUGACUCCUAAAGCAUUGGCUCUUGAGACUCCAAAUUAUAUUUGGUACAUGUCCUUGUAGAAAAGAAAACUUGGAGAGCUAGAUAUAAUUGCCAGUCAGAUAUUAAGACCAAAAGCCUAAUUUUCGACCAGAAUGAGUGUUCAGUCUUGUAAAAUUAUUGAAGCAAUCCAAAUUCAUGCCAAACAUCAUUUCAAACCAAAGUAGAUAAGGAAACAAAAAAAUCUUAGCUCUUUGCUCCAGUUUUAGUCGGUGUUAUUGUUUUAAAUUGGCUGAUACUUUUUCUUUCUUCUCCUGUUCCAUCCCCAAUUUUAUGUUUUCAAGCAGGAGGAGCUGUACAUGUUACCAAGAAAUAGUACAGAAAUACUAAGUCCUGGUAGCUAUUGUCAGAACUGGUUGGUGAUGACCACUUUCUGCCCCAACCCCACCCUGAAGUAGUGGGAGGGGAGAAGUCCAACUGUUAACUUUAACCCAUCCUGUCUGCCUGCUAGAAGGCCUGUUUUCCACCCUAAUGGUUUCUGCCUAACAAAUGGUGUUUCUUUCUUACAGCAUUAUGAUCCUGGACUUGUUGUGGUGAUGGUAAACUUAGCAGUGGGAGAACAGAUCCCAUUCCUAUCGUUGUCAAGUAUGAUGUCAUGGGUAUGGGUCGAAUGGAAAUGGAGCUUGAUUAUGCUGAAGAUGCUACCGAACGGAGGCGUGUCCUAGAAGUAGAAAAAGAAGACACAGAAGAGUUGAGACAAAAGUACAAGGAUUAUGUUGAUAAAGAGAAGGCUAUUGCCAAAGCCCUAGAAGACCUUCGAGCUAACUUUUACUGUGAACUCUGUGACAAGCAAUAUCAAAAACACCAGGAGUUCGACAACCAUAUCAACUCCUAUGAUCAUGCACACAAACAGAGAUUGAAAGAUCUCAAGCAGAGAGAGUUUGCUCGUAAUGUCUCCUCAAGAUCAAGGAAAGAUGAGAAAAAGCAAGAGAAAGCUCUGCGACGACUGCAUGAAUUGGCAGAGCAGAGAAAGCAAGCUGAAUGUGCCCUUGGAAGUGGCCCUAUGUUCAGACCAACCACAGUGGCUGUAGAUGAAGAAGGAGAAGAUGACAAGGAUGAAUCAACUGCCAGUAGUGGCAUAGGAGCUUCUGCUGCUUCUGGCCUGAGCACUGAAUUCACCACGGACAAAGGUGGCCCAUUCACUUCAGUACAACCUAGUGGCACUGCUGGUCUGGGACAAGCUCCUGUUUUGGCCCCUCAGGCCAUCAGCUUUGGCAUCAAGAAUAAUUUGGGGACACCCUUGCAGAAAUUGGGGGUCUCAUUUUCUUUUGCCAAAAAAGCCCCUGUCAAACUCGAAUCAAUAGCAUCUGUUUUCAAGGAUCAUGCUGAGGAAGGUAGCUCUGAAGAUGGUACAAAAGCAGAUGAGAAAGGCUCUGACCCAGGAGCGUUGCAGAAAGUGGGAGACUCUGAUGGCAGCAGUAACCCUGAAGGGAAAAGGGAAGAUGAAGAUGCACAUGAAAAAGAUGGUGGGUCACUUGCCUCUACACUAUCCAAGCUUAAAAAAAUGAAACGAGAAGAUGGUUCUGGAGCUGCAGAGCCUGAAUAUUACCACUACAUCCCUCCAGCUCAUUGCAAAGUGAAGCCCAACUUUCCUUUCCUUCUCUUCAUGCGAGCCAGUGAACAAAUGGAAACAGAUCAGAACGCACACCCAAAGAGUACCUCUGAAAGCAAAAAAACCAGUUCUCCCAAGCUUAAGAGCUGCAAUAAGCUAGCAUUGAGCCAAGGAGCAGAAAAGAUGAUGAUAGAAAACCCUGUGCAACAGAAAGAGCCAAAUGUGAUUGAGUCUACAGAGCUUAGAAGCAAGGCUGAAGCAAAAGAAGGCCAAGUAGAUGCCAGUGACCAUAGUGGAGAAAGUCCGCAGCUUGUAGAAAAUCAAAUCCUUGAAUCUGUCCCUUUUAAAGAAGCUGCCCAGACUACUCCAGCAAGGAAAGAGGGCCCAGAGGGCCCUAAACACCCCACAGGCCCUUUCUUUCCAGUUUUGAGCAAAGAUGAAAGCACUGCUCUCCAGUGGCCAUCAGAACUGCUCAUUUUCACCAAGACAGCACCCUCCAUUUCAUACAGCUGUAACCCUCUGUACUUUGAUUUUAAAUUGUCGAGAAAUAAAGAUGCCAGAACAAAAGGGAUAGAAAAACCAAAGGAUCUGGGAGGCCCCUCGAAGGAACAUUUUCAGUGUUCUGAUCCUGCAGAUGCAAAUAAGAACAAGGAUGGAGGGAAUACAGGCCAUACUUCAGGGGAGAAAACAGAUGCUAUGCCCUCAGGGUCAGCGUGUAGUAGCCUUCAUAGGCAGGAACCUGGGGAGAGCCGUGGGGAAGAUGUGGAGGACAAAGGCAAGAGUCUCCCCAGCAGGAAAGAGCGAGCUGCCAAGUCUCGCCGACAGAAGAAGAAGAAAAAACACAAAAAGUCCAGCAAACAUAAGCGAAAACACAAAGAUGAUCCAGAAGACAAAGGCUCUAAAACUGAGUCUGGGGAGAAGUCCAAAAAGCGCAAGAAGCGAAAACGGAAGAAAAAUAAAUCAUCAGCCCCUGCAGACUCAGAAAGGGGACCUAAACCCGAGCCCCCAGGGAGUGGCAGCCCUGCUCCCCCCAGGAGACGCCGGCGAACACAGGAAGAUUCCCAAAGGAGAGCACUUCCAGCUGAUGAGGGAAAUAGUGGCAAGAAGGAGGAGGGAGGAAGUGGCAGCAGUAGUGCCCAGGAUCAUGGUGGCAAAAAACACCGAGCCGACCCACCUCCAUCUGCCUGCCAACGAAGAGUGAGCACUAAACGAAGAAGCAGCCAGCCUAGUAGUGGAGAUGAGGAGAGUGAUGCAGCUUCAUCACGCCGGCAGCACCAGAAAUCCCCAUCCCAGGACAGUGAGGACGAUGAUGAAGACUCUGGCAGUGAACACUCCCGCAGCUGUUCUCGGUCCGGCCGGCAUCAUUCUUCCCGCCGCUCAUCCCGGCGGUCCUAUUCGAGCAGCUCAGAUGCUUCGACAGACCAGAGCUGCUAUAGCCGGCAACGUAGUUACUCAGAUGACAGCUAUAGCGACUACAGCGACCGGUCACGAAGGCAUUCAAAGCGUUCUCAUGACUCAGAGGAUGACUCAGACUAUGCCAGCUCAAAACAUCGAUCCAAGCGACACAAAUACUCAUCCUCAGAAGAUGACUACAGUCUCAGUUGUAGCCAGUCACGUAGUCGGUCGCGGAGCCACACCAGAGAGCGAUCGAGGUCAAGGAGCAGAGGUCGUAGCCGAAGUCGAAGCAGCAGUUGUAGUCGCAGCCGAAGCAAGCGGAGAAGCCGGAGCACUACAGCCCAUAGCUGGCAAAGGAGCCGGAGCUAUAGCCGGGACCGUAGCCGCAGUACCCGCAGCCCUUCCCAGAGGUCAGAUUCCAGAAAGGGUUCCAGAGGGCAUGAGAGCCCUGAGGAGAGACGAUCGGGUCGCAGGGAUUUCAUCCGUUCUAAAAUCUAUCGAUCCCAGUCCCCACACUAUUACAGGUCAGGUCGAGCCGAGGGAGCUGGAAAGAAAGAUGGUAGAGGGGAUGACAGUAAAGGCUCUGAUCCACCUUCACAGAAUAGCACUGGCCCAACAAGGGUAUCUGAUGGUGAUUGCAGCCCAGAGGAUAAGAAUUCAGUUACUGCUAAGCUAUUAUUAGAGAAGAUUCAAUCAAGGAAGAUUGAAAGAAAACCAAGUGUAAGUGAAGAAGUUAUCCCAAACAAGGUAGGGCUCAAAUUGAAGGAUCCUCCACAGGGUUACUUUGGGCCUAAGCUGCCACCUUCCCUUGGCAAUAAGUCAGUUCUCCCAUUGAUAGGGAAGCUCCCAGCCACUCGCAAACCAAACACCAAAAAAUGUGAAGAAUCUGGCCUGGAGCGGGGUGAUGAGCAAGAACAGUCAGAGACAGAGGAGGGUCCCCUGGGCAUCAUUGAGGCCUCAUUUGGACACCAAUGCUCUUCAGAGGACACAGCAAGGCCCACAUCAGACCCACUUCCUGAAGAGCCAAACCCUGAAGAAAGCGCCCCUGAACACUCCACAGCUUCUUUGAACACCCCAGCACUCCCUAACUGCUAUCCUGGGGAUCCUGUCAUGCCCCACAACUACCUCCCUGAGCCCAGUGAUGGGGAUACCCUGGAGCACUUGGAUGGAGCCAGUCAGUCCAUGCCCAGUGAAUCCAGUGCUCUCCCUUUAGUCCCAGACAUGGAGCACUUCCCCAGCUAUGCACCUCCGAGUGGGGAACCCAGUGUUGAGUCCCCUGAUGGGGCUGAUGAUGCCUCACUGGCUCCCCUGGAGAGUCAGCCCAUCACUUUCACCCCAGAAGAGAUGGAGAAGUAUAGUAAACUCCAGCAGGCAGCCCAACAGCAUAUCCAACAGCAGCUUCUAGCCAAGCAAGUGAAGGCUUUCCCAGCUUCAGCAGCCCUGGCCCCUGCAACACCUGCCCUUCAGCCCAUCCACAUUCAGCAGCCUGCCACAGCCUCAGCCACUUCCAUCACCACGGUGCAGCAUGCCAUCCUGCAACAUCAUGCUGCUGCCGCUGCUGCCGCCAUUGGCAUCCACCCUCAUCCCCAUCCCCAACCCCUUGCCCAGGUGCACCACAUUCCCCAGCCCCACCUGACUCCCAUCUCCUUAUCUCACCUCACUCACUCAAUUAUUCCUGGCCACCCAGCUACCUUUCUUGCCAGCCAUCCCAUCCACAUCAUUCCUGCUUCUGCCAUCCAUCCAGGGCCUUUUACCUUUCACCCAGUCCCCCAUGCAGCUCUCUAUCCCACACUUCUAGCCCCACGCCCUGCUGCAGCAGCUGCCACUGCUCUCCACCUCCACCCACUACUGCACCCCAUUUUCUCAGGUCAAGACCUGCAGCAUCCACCUAGCCAUGGUACAUGAGUGGAUGCAGAGGGGGAGGGAUAAGUGGGGAGAGAAGGAGUGAGACGACACCUGAACUUCUUACUAAGAAGGGGGCUGAGCCAUUGGAACCAGUAAGUGGAAGUUGGGGUGGGGAAUUUUUUUUUUUUUUUGAUAGCCAAAGAAAUGACUCUUGGCUUGCAGGAAUGGUUUGGGAUAUGAGGUUUGCAUUGGGCUAAUAAUCAGGGAAUUUUUCCUUUCUUUCUCAUUUCCCACCUUCCCUCUUCUUCCUCCUUCCCCUAUCCUCCUCUUGUAUUUUCAACACAGAGAACAUCUCCAUAUGUUGUCCCACUUCCUUUGCAGCAGCAUCUCUCCACUGAAACUUUGUCAACCCCACUUCACAUCCCCAUUCCCUUCCUGGUCUUUGCACCUCUGCCCUAUCUUAUAAAUUUACAACUAGCAUUUCCUCCUUUCUAUCCAAUAGGUUGUCACUCGAGCACUUGUUAUAAACCCAGCUGCUCCAUUCCUUGUCAGCAGUGUUGUGGGCAAGCUGAAUUUUCCCUAGUAGGCAGUGGUAGCAUUUUAUUGAAAAGCAUUUCUGCCUUGGGUUGGGUUCCUUGGCAAUUGAUCCCAUGGUGACCUGACAUUGUCCCAGUUGUGAAGUGGAAAAGAGGUGGACCUGGACACCAAACUUUAGUUAGAUCCACUCCUCACCUAAACAGAGAAAAUCAUUCCUCACCCUAAAAGAGGCAUCUACAUAGUCCAGAAAAGAAGAUUCUAUGAUGAAUUGGGUGUUGUGGAACAUGGAUAUCCCUAUAUGCUUCCCCAGAGAGGAGCUUGAGUGUCUAAAGCGUAUUCUUUUUUCUGUCAUGUUGUUGUUUCCUUCUUAAUUUAUAGGAAUUUUUUUUUAAUGUAAAGAAUUGCACUGAACUCUGUAAACGUAAAUGCUGCUUUUUGUAGCUCAUGGAAAAAAAAGAAAAAAGGUUCCAUAUUUGUAGUAUACUGCAAUAAUAUUUUUUACAGCCAACUCUAAGUGAUCCUUGUUCUGGUGGCUUUGUGUAAAUAUGUUUGCUGUAGUUUAAGACACUUUUAAAGGUUGCAAAAUGAGAACAAAAUAAAAUAAAAACAAAUUUGUUUUCUGCUAGAUGCAAAAUGACUAAGCAUGUAUAUUUUAUCAAGCUCAUGUAUUUUUGAAGUUAUGUACUAUAAAAUGUAAAAAAAAAAAAAAAGCAAAAGGGAAAAAUCA